CCACUCGCCAGUCGCCAGUACGGGAAGGCGCUCCGAUGCGGGUGCACGUGCUUCCGCCGGUAUACAUUGUUCGCGCGUUCGCGAGUACACACUUCGCUAACAGACGCGCUUGAUAUUAGUAAUAAAAACAAUUUUUAUUCUGUGUUACCUGUGACCAUGAAGGUUUUAGUGGUGCUAUCAAUUUUCGCGGCUUGCGUGUCUGCGACCGCCGCUGCAGCCGCUUCUUGUGCCGGCGCCGAGCAGUUCUUCGCUCGUCACAACGCAUCAGCUGAUGAUAGUGAUGAGCCAGGUUCUAUAUGCGGUGGCCAGUGUUGCAGACGAGGUGGUGAGCUAAAACUGAGGAGUGUGUUGAGAAAAACAGCUGAACAGCGGGUGUCCAGCGCCACGAAACCUAUAACAGAAUUACUGCUGGCAACUAGACGAACACUUGAAGAGCACCUGACAGCACUAUCUUACCAGUCACAGAACAAAACAUCUGUACUCUUCUCACAACUGUACCGGAGCCAUGCGUCACGAACCCACGUGCAUCUGUCAGCUCUCUACGACGACAUCAGGUUACUCAUCAGACCGGGUCGAGAUGACGAGCUUGGCUCUCCACCACCGAAAGACAUGCGUGUCAGUACGAAGAAGUUCUUCAGAGAUGUCUUCCCGGUCGCCUACCAGAACGUCCUCCGUCUGGACAGCAAGCAGUUCACACCGGAAUACGAAGCAUGUCUUCAGGACGCCUACGACGCUGUGCAACCAUUCGGCGAUGUCCCACAGCAACUUGGAGCGUCAAUGUCUAGAUCAUUGGAAUCGGCACGCGCUUUGCUGCAAGUUAUAUCUGUUGGUGCGAGUGCGCUAACAGCCAGCGAACAGGUGCUGUCGAAUGCUGAUGAGGAAUGCGGCAACAAACUGCUGCUGAUGGGAGGCUGUUCUAGAUGUAAAGGACACGACGUCAGCCCAUGUCGGAACUAUUGCUUGAACGUGGCUAGAGGGUGUAUAGGGUCCCUUGUAGUUGAGUUGGAUGCUCCAUGGGCUGGUUACGUGGAAGGAGUAGAGCGCCUGGCGAGAGCUGAUGCUGAUGCAGAGCUUCGUUCACUGGACGCCAGAGUGUCUGAAGCAAUCAUGCACGCCUUGGAGAACCACGUGAUUCUCGAGAAAAAGGUGCGUCAGGAAUGUGGCCCUCCAUCCACCAUAGACGUCAGUAACUCAACAUCUCCAAGGUCAACCCCCGGAGCUAGCCGGCGUGACGCGCUCCGCGCUCCACCUCCCGAUACUGAACUGCUCCAGUUCGCAGCUACCCUCGCCUCCAGUAAGAAACUGUUCGCCAGUAUCUCUGAUAGACUCUGCGAUGAACCCGACUUCGCUAUCGAAGGCAACGAACGGUGCUGGAAUGGAGAAACUAUUGGAGAAUACACCAAGGCCCUAGUGGCAUCAGCCUCCAUAAGUGAUCAGAAAUACAAUCCAGAGAUCACGAAGAUGUCAACCCAAGAUUCAAGAGUGGCAGCACUUGGCGACAGGCUGCGGCAAGCGAGACAGUUGCUGGUAUCACACUGGGGGUCAAUGACCGCUGCGGAGUCUUUCAUGCAGGGUGAUGAGGCUGGUGAUGAAGGCUCCGGCUCAGGUCGGAGUUACACUGACGAUGACGCGACCUACGACGCUGAGGGGUCCGGGGAGGGAUCAGGAGACGAGUUCGUUGGAAGCAGGAGGGAGGACGAAGAGACGACAUACUCAGCACCUCCUUUACCGACUUCGACUGCUUCCCUUGCGACAGCCUCGAUCUCCUUCAUCUCGUGUGUUAUCUUCGUUAUUUUAACUUAAACUAUGAAACCCAGUGAAACAUAGUGAACUUAUGAAUCUCCAUAUCAAUGUGUGAGUGAUAUGUGUCAUGCUACAAAGUAGUCAUGUAUUGUGAGGAUAAAAAGCUUCUGACGUAUUGGAUGUUAUGACAUUAAGCCGCUGUGGCGCUUUAAAAUGACGCUGAUUUAUUUAUUAUAGAAAAUUAAAUGUCUUCAUUCAAUAAUGCUAGAUUAUACGAAACCGGCUUCUCUGACAUAGUAAAUGUAUAGCACGGCAUCAAUCGAGAUGAGUCUCCGUGGUAUUAAGUACAAUUGUUCAAUGAGAUCUGUUUUCUGAUGUUUGAGUAGAGAUUUAUUAAAGUAUUGUCAUCAGAGUUUCAAAACGAAACCGCUUCAUUAAAAGACAAUUAUAAAUUUGAUGAGUAAAUGGAAUUAGGUAAGUAUCUGUGUAGCUAGUCUAAAACUAGUAUUUAAACAAGCUUCGAAAAUUAUAACAAAGAUUUAUAUAGAUUAAAUAAUCAUAUAUCAGUCAAAUUUAUAAUCAUGACAGUUGUAAAUAAGUUAUUUAAUAUUAACUGCGACUGGAUUUGACUUCCGGUUGAUUCGAAGAUUUCAUUUGACAGGUUUUGAUUGCAGUGUUGCUGUUAAAAAAAAAAACAUAAAAUUAUACUAUAAUUAAUCUAUAGUCAUUAAACUGGCAAUAUUAAUAUGUUUAGACGAGAGUGAGACAGACUGUACAGUAAGUAUCUGAAGUCCUACUUGUUUAGGUGCUUAGCUAGUAUCAUGUUUUGUUGCCAUAUUAUUUUUACGAUUAUAAUUAUUUAUAUAAUAAAGUCAACAAAAAAAAAUAUCUUAUAUUAUGUGAUAAUGAUUUUUAGUUAUAAGUUUAUGUUAUACGAUAUUUAUGUCAUUUUAAAAUUACUCUACGGAGCUAUUCUUAAUACAACUGCCUUUUUUUUGUAGAAAUUAUGAAAUCUUUUUAGUUUAUUACAGACUUUUACUUGAUUUUAUUCAGACCGAAUACGAUAAUUGUAUAUGCUUAUAACCGUGUAAAGAGGAUAUAAUUUUAGUCGUAAUUCCAACUAUAUUGCAAUAAAUACGUAAAUGUUAGUAAAUCAAAAUUAUAUUAGAUAUGCUAUAUGGAUCAUCAUUUGAUGGUGGUUGGAGGAUUUUGAAUGUAAAAUAUUGUUGAAUCUUAUUGAGGGUCGUGGAGGAAGUUGAGGGAGAUAGGAGGAAGGAGGAAGGAGGUAACGUUACCUCAGCAAGUUUAAUGACAUCGUUUCAGCGAUAGAUCGCUUUGAAUGGUUCGACUCCUAUUUCCCGUAGGUCGAAACGAAAUCAUUUGUAAAUAAUAUUGGACAGAUAGUGUGUUUAUAUCAUGAAAAUAAACUCUGUACCAUA